CCGCGUCCUUCUUGCGACAAACUUGAGCAAGAGCUGGAGCAAGAGGAUCAACGAGAAAAGCUCUCCCCACGGACUGCACUUCAGAGUGGGUGGGUCCCGCAACACAGAGAGAUCCACCAGCACAGCAGAUCCACCAGCACAGCAGAUCCACCAGCACAGCAGAUCCACCAGCACAGCAACCAUGACGGCCACCGACCCAACACCCUCCUCAACAGUCCUGGCAAACGUCCAAGAGUACUACGGCAAAAUCCUCUCCUCCACAAAAGACCUCAAAACCUCCGCCUGCUGCACCUCCGCCGCCCCGCACCCCCUCAUCCGCGCCGCCCUUAAAAAGGUGCCCGCCGAAGUCACCGACCGCUACUACGGCUGCGGGAACCCCAUCCCGCUCGGGAUCGAGGGGUUGACUGUAUUAGAUCUGGGAUGCGGGACAGGCAGGGAUGUGUAUAUCGCCGCCGGGUUGGUGGGAGAGAAGGGGGAGGUGAUUGGCGUGGAUAUGACCGAUGAGCAGCUAAAAGUCGCCAGGGACGCACUGCCCGCCUUUGCAAAGCAGUUCACCUACACCCCUCGAGUGAAAUUUGCGAAAGCCUACAUCGAAAAUCUAGAUGCCAUUGUCCCGGCCAACAGCAUCGACCUCUGCAUUUCCAACUGCGUCAUCAACCUCUCUCCCGACAAGGAAGCGGUGCUGCGGGGCGUGUACAACGCGCUCAAGGAGGGCGGUGAGAUGUACUUCUCGGAUGUGUACUGCGAUCGUCGCAUGCCCGAGGCGCUGGUGGGGGAUAAGAUCCUCUAUGGGGAAUGUCUGUCCGGCGCGUUGUACAUCAACGAUUUCGUGCGUUUGUGCCAUAAAGUCGGGUUCACGGACCCGCGGGCGUUGUCAUCCGCGCCUAUCGAGUUGCGGGACCCGGCGAUCGCGGAGCUAUGCGGGAACAUCAAGUUUUACUCAAUCACGUACCGGUUGUUCAAGCUGCCGUCGUUGGAGACGCUGUGUGAGGAUUAUGGGCAGGUUGCCACGUAUUUGGGGACGAUUCCGGGACAUACGCAUGCGUAUGAGUUGGAUGAUCAUCAUACCUUCGUGACGGGGAAGCCGGUUUUGGUGUGUGGGAAUAGUGCGGAUAUGGUUGGGAGGACUUGGUUGGGGAAACAUUUCAAAGUGGAUGGCGAUCGUAGUGUGCAUUUUGGGGCGUUUGACUGUGCGCCGGUCCCUGGCGGUAGCUCAAGCAGCCCCGCUGCCGGAGGCUGCUGCUAGAUUUUAUGCAGCGAUGCAUUGAUACUAAUAGCUUACUCUACUUCAUUUGUUCAAAAUUCCGUACACUUCUAUCUGUUUUCUCGGGUAUCUACAUAUACCAUUCUAUCUCCCACCUCAAACCACAUGAUCAGCAAACAACGCACACCUCAUCAACUCCCCCACCACCACCACACUCAUACUAUUCCCCAAAACCCUCCACCGCUGAAUCGUAGUGACCUCCUCCGGGAACUCAAACUUAUACGCCAGACGCUCUGCUACCGCUGCCGCUGGACGGGGCGGGGCGGGUGCGCGGUCAUCUAUGGGAAACCCGUGCAGACGAGCAACUUCUGUUGGGGUGAAGCACCGGAGCCCGAGACGGUCGAUGGCGGUUGAGGGCUCGUCUAGGCGUUUGGGUUCCUGC